GACGUAACUUUGAUGAAAUUAUUCGCGUUAUUGACUCUCUUCAACUUGGUGACAAGCAUCGUAUUACUACUCCAGCUAACUGGAAGAAAGGCGAUGACGUCAUUAUUCAUCCUAGCGUUACUAAUGAAGAAGCAGCAACAUUAUUCCCUGAUUAUAAAGCACCAUUGCCCUACCUUCGUUUAGCCAAAUCUCCUUUCUAA